AUGAAAGCUGUUGAAGCUGCUGGGGUGGACCUAAGUCCCGCCGAUGUUGAGAGAUCACAUCGUGUGGGCAAGCCCAGUCAGCAAAACGGUUUUGACGGCUGCCAGGUUGAGCAAUGUAUGCUCGACUUUGAGCAAGCUGCUUGGCAGUCCAUUAGAGAGGUUUUUCCUGGUGUGAAUCUUCGCGGCUGCAUUUUUCAUCUGACACAAGCAUUGUGGCGACACAUCCAGGAACUUAGACUGUCACGCACAUACAGAGAAAGGGGAGCCACCCACAACCUCAUCCGGAUGGUCCUGGCCUUACCAUUUCUGCCACCUCAUCAGAUCCGCCCCACAUUUGAUGCUUUCAGAGGACGUUGCCCUGCAGAGCCUGGUCACCCUCUUAGCCAGUUUGUAGAGUACAUGAGGAGCCAGUGGAUUGACUCUGCCACUUUCCCGCCGACAACUUGGUCAGCCUUUGAAUCAUCGGUCCGAACCAACAAUGCUGUUGAAGGCUUGCACAAACGAUUGAACAGGAAGACAGACAACCACCCAGAUAUGUAUGUCCUGAUUCCACUACUCCAGAAGGAAGCCGCAGCAGUGGAGGCCCAGAUCGUGUCAGAGGACAUCGAGUGUGAUAACAGACGGGCAUACACUGCUAUUGAGAAGAAGCUGAGUGAUGCCACAGAGAAGUACAUUAACAACACAUUGUCAACAACAGGCUUUCUAAAGGCGUUGGCAGCAGUUUAUGUUUGUGGUAGGGACAUGUAG